GUUUUUACUGCACAAACAUUUAAAUGGAAAAGUAUAGUCAUCAUACUUAUUCUCGUGGAACACAUAGAAAUAACAAUAUAUUUGCACGAGGUGUUUGAUACAGUGGAAACUCAAUUUUAAAGGGAAAUGACAAGCGAGAAACAUGUGUCCAUUGUUUUAAUCUAUGAUUUUAAGAACGGACAGCCGGCUGUCACGGAAAACGAAAUCAAUAAAUUAUCGUUCUCUCUCCGUUUCUUUGUCGUUUGCUUUUGCUUGCAAGUUUCACAAGAGUCUUAAAAUUUGUCGUUCCCAUUUUUCAUAGGAUUGUGAAAAUGAAGCGGCAAAACGUUCGUACACUCUCCCUUGUGGUGUGUACUUUUACGUACCUGUUGAUUGGAGCCGCUGUCUUCGAUGCUCUAGAAUCUGAUACAGAAAGGAAGAGAUGGGAAGUUUUAUCCGAUAUGAAGAAUAGUCUGGUGCGGAAGUAUAACAUAACUCCUGAGGAUUAUCACAUGAUUGAGAUAGUAAUUAUUGAGAAUAAACCUCACAAGGCGGGUCCGCAGUGGAAGUUUGCAGGGGCUUUUUAUUUUGCUACUGUUGUACUUGCAAUGAUCGGCUACGGACACUCUACACCAGUGACAGUUGGUGGAAAGGCAUUCUGUAUGGCGUAUGCUAUGGUGGGUAUCCCGUUAGGUCUGGUGAUGUUCCAGAGCAUUGGUGAGAGACUGAAUAAGUUUGCUUCGGUGGUGAUAAGACGGGCUAAAUGCUACUUACGUUGUAUUACUACUGAGGCUACGGAGAUGAACCUUAUGUUUGCUACUGGAAUGCUGUCUUCUAUAAUAAUUACUACGGGUGCUGCGGUUUUCUCACGCUAUGAAGGAUGGAGUUACUUUGAUAGUUUCUACUACUGCUUCGUUACGCUUACUACUAUUGGUUUCGGAGAUUACGUGGCUUUGCAGAAUGACCAAGCUCUGACCAGCAAGCCGGGCUAUGUAGCGCUGAGUCUAGUGUUCAUACUGUUUGGUCUAGCGGUGGUCGCUGCCAGCAUCAAUUUACUUGUGCUACGCUUUAUGACUAUGCAAGCCGAGGAGAACAUCCGCGACGAGGACAAGGACGGCUCCCGCACCAUGCUGGCUAUCGACGGACACGCCCUCGCCGCGCGCCAGCGCUCGCAUGAAGACCAGGCCUCGGUGUGUUCGUGCAACUGCCUGGGCAACAAGCAGUGUGAGAGCGCGCUGCUGGUGGAGCGGGCGCCGCGCGCGCUGCGCAGCCAGCCUCACCUCGCGCUCACGCCGGACCUCAUCGAGCGUGCCAGCGUCUAACUCAUAUAUCACACUUAUCAUCAUCAUCAUCAUCACCAUCAUAAUCAUAAGAGAUGGGUUAAAUGCAUCACUUGGAAGAAAAGUGAUAUCGGCGUUGUAAAACAAAGGCAACUCUAACGUUUUUCUUUUUUAAUUUAUGUUUGCAGAAAAGCCGUUUUAAUUAUCUAUUCACACAAAAUGUAUUGAUUAUUUCUUGAAUUGUUAUUGUAAACGCUUUAAAACUGUGUAACAAAUAUUUUGCCAAUACUCGCCGUUGAAUUAUAAUUCGGCAAUUUUAAACUGCUCUACUUAAGUUUCCGAUUCGUAAAUAUUUUGUAGAUCUGUUUUACGACGCUGACGAUGUAAAUAUUAUCACCUUGCUAAUGUAUCUAUUAUAUCAGUGAUUUAAUAGUUUUAAACUAAACUGAAUAAAAGCAGUUAGGUUUUAAAAAAAGUAUUAUGUUCGCAAUUUAAAUACUUGAGAAACAUUGCAAGUAUCGUGUUGGUACAAUAAUGCUAAAUUAAACAUCGAAUAUUAAGUUUAUCAAAAACUUAAUAUUCGAUAUUUUUAGAUACUUUCUCUUUCUGGCCAUGCCUCGAUUGUAAUCUGUAAUAAAAUAAGCUCGCAAUAUUUGUGUCUAGUCGAACUAGUAUUGAACAAGUCGAAAUGAAAAAUAAUUUAUUUAAAUCCAACAAUAUACAUAGAAGGUAUAUUUGUAUUGCUUUGUUUGUGGAUACAAUAGUUUUUAUAUACCUUAUACGGUAAAAUUAAUUGUGCUAAAGAUUAGCUCUUUUUAAAAGAUGUGUAUCUUUUUAACACUAACUUAUUACCCAGCUCAAUGUAUUUUACAAUAAUUCUUGUCACUCGCGCUAUGUACGAUCAUCAACCGAUGACGUUCAUUUGCAUAUUAAUGUAUAUUCAAUUCAUAUUUAUGACAAUUAUAGACAUCAGUUAAUAUUAUUAAAUUUCAUGAAUUCCAAUGUGGCCAACCGUCUGUUAUUGUGGUCGUAUAGUAAUUUUUAAUCCCAAGUUCUUCCUAUACUCGAUGUAUUAAGUGUAUUUAACAUAAAAUGUUUAAUCAAUCGUA